CUCUCCUUCGUGGAUCGUGCGGUCAGUGCCCCUCUCUCCCCCCGGUGCCUCUCUCUUGGGAUCUGACUAGUGAUGUGUAACCUACAGAAUGCCCAGCAGUACUGGAAAAAGGUUUAAACCUACCAAAUAUAUCCCAGUCUCCACUGCAGCCGCCUUACUAGUUGGAUCCACCACUUUGUUUUUUGUUUUCACGUGUCCUUGGUUAACCAGAGAAAUAUCGCCGGCAAUCCCUGUAUACAAUGGACUCAUGUUCCUGUUCGUCCUGGCAAACUUCAGCAUGGCCACUUUUAUGGAUCCGGGUAUCUUCCCUAGAGCUGAUGAAGAUGAAGACAAGGAUGAUGAUUUCCGAGCUCCACUCUACAAGAAUGUGGAGAUCAAAAGAAUACAAGUACGGAUGAAAUGGUGCGCCACUUGCCAUUUCUACCGGCCACCCCGUUGCUCUCAUUGCAGUGUUUGUGACAACUGUGUAGAGGAUUUUGACCAUCACUGUCCUUGGGUGAAUAACUGCAUUGGGCGUAGAAAUUAUCGCUAUUUCUUUCUUUUCUUGCUGUCCCUGAGCACCCAUAUGAUUGGGGUUUUCUCCUUUGGUCUGAUAUUUGUUUUGCACCAUUUGGAGGUGCUGGGAGAGGCUCACACCAGCAUCACAAUAUCGGUGAUGUGCGUAGCUGGGCUCUUCUUUAUUCCUGUUAUUGGUCUAACGGGUUUUCAUAUUGUCCUUGUAGUACGAGGUCGGACCACAAAUGAACAAGUGACAGGGAAGUUUCGUGGUGGAGUUAACCCCUUUACCAGGGGAUGCUGUGGGAAUAUACAGCAUGUACUUUGUAGUCCUUUGUCUCCCAGGUAUAUAGUUGAUCCAAAGAAAAGGCCUUCAGUAGCUUUAAAGCCUCCUUUUAUCAGGCCAGAUGUGCUGUCUGAGAGGCAGAUAACAGUCAAGAUUAGUGACAAUGGGAUCCAAGCCAAUCUGCAUCGCUCUAAGUCAAAGGGAAGCCUGGAAGGUAUUAAUGACAAGUCCCUUGAGCUCCAGACUAUGCUGCCAAAAGGAGACCCAAACAAAUAUUCUGACAUGAAGGGGUCUGUGGUAACCAGUGAAGAAAGCAGUUUGUCUCCAAAAAUAAUAAACCCACCGAAUCCAGCAACUCCAGCAAUGUAUAAGUACCGACCACCUUUCAGCACCAACUCCAAAGUGCACUACCAUACAGCAACUGAACAGAUUGCAGUGCAGGAAGGUCUACAAGACAACAUGUUUCUGGAAGAUGAUUGUCGGAGUACUGAUUAUCAGUCAGAGCCAAAUUUGGACAUCCCAGAGUACCGAAAGAACUCUCUUCACAAAUCUUACCAGUCCUCACCUCUACAGAUUGACCCCUUUGCUGCAAACUCACGGUCCUUGAGCCUGAAGAACUCUGGCCGCCGUGAAUCUGAAAAGUUACCUUUACAGCUGGUAAAGUCAGAAGGUGGCACCAUAACACCGUACAAAAGUGUCUUUUCACCAAAUGCUUUGUCAAAUCGCAAUGGAAGCUUAUCAUAUGACAGCUUACUCAACCCCAUGUCUCCAGCAGCUAAAUGCACUACACAAACAGCUGCAGGCUCUGUGGGUUACCACUCCCCAUAUAUGUCUGCCAAGAUGUGCCACUUGCGAAGUGGAGAGCGUCAGGUGGCACAUGGAUUCAGCCCUGUGCUAAGCAGGGCAGCUGAGCAUCAGCGAGAACCUUCUCCAGUCCGUUACGACAACCUCUCUAAAUCCAUCAUGGCUUCAAUUCAGGAGAGGAAGGAGAUGGAAGAACGGGAGAAGCUGCUGCACUCUCAUACGGAUUCCGUUUUUGCAGACUCUGGAGUCUAUGAUACUCCAAGCACAUAUAGCCUGCAGCAGGUCAGCUCACUCUCUGAGAACCCCCGUGCAGGACGGUAUGGGUCUAAAGACAAUCUGCUGGCUGGAGCACCCAGCUUCAGCUCCAGGAACCCUGUACUUCAGUCUUCUGUAUCAUCACUUUCAAGCGCAGUCUCCCGAGCCCCUAGGACUUCCACCACCUCUUUGCAGGCUGACCUGGCCAAUAAUAAUAUCCAGAGUCACCAGCCCUUGCAAGCUAGAGUGAGCAAUGGAUCGUAUAAGUCCCCUGGUCACCAGGCCCCAUCAUCGCCUUCUGGUAUGCCCAGAUCACCUUCUUAUGGGGGAGCAAAAGCAGUCACAUUUCUCAACACUAUGGAGUUUGGGGAAGGGACUUCUAUGCCUAUUCAGAGGGAGGAUUUGCAGGUAAAACCACCUCACGGUAAAGUAAAUGGACAACCAAAGGGUUUAGCAAGGGCUGAAUGUCGGCUUGGAUCCACUUCUAGCUCCCAAGGCAACACAGUUAGCCCCUCCAGACAUUCUAACGUUAAGAAGGUCUCUGGUGUGGGAGGCACAACAUAUGAGAUAUCUGUGUGAGGGACACAACCUUAUACCUUGGCACCGUGAGGACUGCAGGCAAUGAACCAACAUU